CCCGGUCUGGCACCGUUCUUCGGCCAUCAUGGGUCCAGUCAAUGUACCCUGGAGGGUGUACGGCCAAUGCUGACCCGUUCUCUGCAGUCCUAGGUGUGGAUGGUGUGCUCAAUGCCCGGCGUCAAAGUCCAGCAGAUGCGUUGACUUGCGGAAUUACUAAUGAUUCUGGCUUGGUCAUGAUUUCCUCUGUGCCCCAGAUUUGCAAGAGUUGAAAUCGGAACCGCAAAGAACCCCAGACUCCUCCUCUUUCUUCUCGGAUUCCACAAGAUACCAUAAAUUCCAGCCCCAGUUCCAUGCUUGUCCAUCGAGCCCAUCUUAUCCCCGGAUUCUCUUAUAAGCCACUCUGCUCCCAUUUUCCGAAGCGUGGUUUGCUUGGUCUUGUUUCCAUAUCCUGCGAUUCUUGGCUCCGUGAUCUAUCGUACCGUCCAUCAAGGUCGUCGUCGGUCGUUGUCCGAAAGUGGUCGUCUCACACAUACACUGUCACCACUCAUCCAUCCACAACAGACACAUCACCAAGCCUCAUCCAUCCAUCCAUCCAUCCAUCCAUCUUCAACAUGGCCUCCGAGCAAAACUCCCAGACCUCCACCAGGGCCUCGUCCCCCAAGCUUGACGGCAAGUUUGACGACAACGCCUCCGUCGACUCCGGCUUCGCUUCCGCCAACUCCUCCACCGCCAACCUUCCCUUGAUUUCUCUCACCAAGCCUCAUCUCGACCACCUAAACAAACAGCUCGAGAACAUGGAGGCCCUGGACAUCCUCCGCUUCUGCAAGAUUCUCUUCCCCAACCUCUUCCAGACCACGGCCUUCGGCCUGACCGGCCUCGUCACGCUCGACAUGCUCUCCAAGCUGGCCAAGGAGUCACCCGACGCGGCCCCCGUCGACCUGAUCUUCCUCGACACGCUCUACCACUUCAAGGAAACUUAUGCUCUUGUCGACCGCGUGCAGGAGCGCUACCCCAACAUCCGGCUGCACGUCUUCAAGCCGGCCGACGUGUCCAACGUCGACGAGUUUGAGGCCCUCUACGGCGAGAAGUUGUACGAAACCUCCGAAGAACUAUACGAUUGGAUCGCCAAGGUGGAGCCGCAGAACCGCGCCUACCAGGAACUCAAGGUGGCUGCCGUGUUCACAGGCCGCCGCCGCUCCCAGGGAGGUGCACGCGGCUCCAUUCCCGUCAUUGAGCUGGAUGAGGAGCGUGGCAUCGUCAAGAUCAACCCGCUCGUCAACUGGAGCUUCCAGCAGGUCAAGGCCUACAUUGAUGAGCACCAAGUGCCUUACAACGAGCUGCUCGAUAAGGGGUACAAGUCCAUUGGUGAUUGGCACUCGACUAGCCCCGUCGCCGCGGGCGAGGACGAGCGUGCUGGGCGCUGGAAGGGCAAGAACAAGACGGAGUGCGGAAUCCACAACAAGCAGAGCAGGUAUGCCCAGUUUCUGGCGGAGAACGCGAGGAAGCAGGCAAAGGGUGCUGCUCCGGUCGAGACGGUUCAGGCUUGAAAGAAGAAAAGGAGGUAAAAGAUAAUUAGGGGGGUGGCUGGAUGGGAGGAUGGGCUUCGUAUCUCUCGUUGACGUGGGAGACUUUUGGGCCUCGAUUGGCAUCUGUUGAUCAAGGCGUCGUCUUUUUUUUCUUAUUUUCUUCUUUUUUUUCAUGUUCGCCCUUGGGUGCGUUGAUGGAUGAUCACUUCAUUGUGAGUGGAAAACAUUCAAGUAUUUGUUAGCAUUGUGGCGUUUCAAAAUGGGCAUUCGGGCAGGCGUUUGUGGGCAGGGGGACAAUAUAUACAUCAGCGACUCCUGAAAGUAGUCGGCCGCACUGAGUUGCAUUAGGUACGAUCGUCCUGGAAUUUAGAGACAAAUAGCAUCGUUAUAGACACAUUUUUGCUCA